AUGGGACGCGUGAAGAUCGAAAUCAAAAAAAUAACCAACAAGAACUACCUCAAGGCCACCUACUCAAAGCGGCGCAAGGGUCUCUGCGGCAAAGCCACUGAUCUUUCCCGUUUGACUGGUUGCCAGAUCGCCAUUAUCGUCUUUUCGCCUGGUAGCAGACUGUUCAUCUUUGGGCACCCCUCUGCGGAAACCGUCAUAGAUCGCUUUCUUGCCCAACAAGCUCCAUGCACAGAUAAUGAUCAUGAGGAUGAGAGUUUUGAAUCCAUUCAUGGUGUAGAUGACCGUGAAGAUUUAGAAAACAACCAAGAGGAAUAUAAACAAGAGGAGGAUGACAUGAAUGACGCAAAGGUCAAUUUUUGGUGGGAUGAGCUUGUUGGUGAACAAUUGGAACUACAUGAACUCAUACAAUAUAAGACUUUGCUAAAUAAGUUGAGAGAGAAUGUGGCUCGGAAGUUACAAGACAUGAAUCGGAGAGAACUUUGCACCAUAGAUUUUUUUGGAAAGAACACAUACAUAGGUGCUAGCACUACUUAA